AUGCGAAUAUUGCUGGAUCUCGGGACCGAACCUGAUACAUAUAAUUCGAGGAAUGAUACACCACUUCAUUCCGCAGACUUGAAUCUAAUCGAUUUGAAUGAUGAGACGCCUUUACAUCUUGCUGCUGCCAAUAACCACUGUCGUGUUUUUUGGCACCUACUCGAGCAUGGUGCUGAUGUUGAUGCCUCGGAAUUAAAUGGCGCUGCUUUGCAGAUAGCAUCAGGCAAAGGUCAAUCCGAGAUAGUCAAUAUGCUGCUAGUCGAAGGAGCUGAAGUCAAUGGUCCAUUUCGAUUUCGAUUGGGUAUCGCAUUGGAAAGAGCAUCUUUAUCUGGAUCGGUUGAGACUGUACGGAAGCUUUUGCAACAUGAGGCUACCGUGAAUGUUCGAAGUGGAAGGUAUGGAAGUUCCCUCCAAGCCGCAUGUGCGAGUGGUCGCUUACACAUUGUGGAACCCUUGCUUGACCACGACUCAGACGUCCAUGCUCGUGGAGGUAUAUUUGGCUCUGCUCUUCAAGCUGCUUCGUCAAAAGGUUCUUACCAAGCAGUAAAGCUCGUUUUAGAAAGAGGAGCUGAUGUUAACAAUCAGUGUGGAAGAUAUGGCAGUGCUCUUCAAGCUGCAUUGGUGGCAAAGACCCCCCCGACUAUGCGUGAUUGGUCGAGCGGUUCCGACCAGAGUCAUUCGACUGAAGAAGAGCCCAUCCCAACGGCUCUGGAAGAAGAUGAUUUCCAAAGGACCGUCAAGAUAUUAUUGGAUAACGCGGCAAAUGUCAACGCUCCGGGGAAAUAUGCAACUGCCCUACAGAACACUUCACUCAAAGGGUAUAAAGUUAUUGUGGAAACGAUUAUUGAAAAAGGUGCAAAUUUGGAUGCUGCAGAAGGAGAUCACAGUCCACCGCUUAUACUAUCCUCAAACAACAACCACCUCGAAGUUUGUCAAGCCCUUCUACGUCAAGGUGUCGACUUCAAUCAACAUGAUAAAUACGGACACACCGCAUUGCACUACGCUUCCGGGCAAGGUAAUGCUGAGAUAAUUUAUACUCUCCAAGGCGCUGGUGCUCUCUGCCGAUCAUGUCCAAACUGUGGCUUUACACCAGUCCAUGAGGCAGCUUGGAAAGGCCAGAGUCGAUGUCUUACCGCGCUGUCUGAAGGGAAAGCCGACUUAAAUGCCUGCGAUAGAUUCGGAAAGACGCCACUAUCCUGUGCUUUAGGGAAAUCUCACGGGAAGACCAUCGACCUUUUGCUAUCAUAUGGCAUGCGCAUUGAUAUUCGCGACUUGGCAGGCAGAAUGCCUCUGGACUGGGCGAUAUCGAUAGGAGGUUCAUACCUGACUGAUUUGUUUCCAAAAGCGGCCUGUCCGACACCUGAAGCCCUCCAGCAUCAACUCCGAGUACAAUCACUUGCCGAUCUUGGGGCCGAAUUUCGCAAAUCCUCCUUUAAGGAUCCUAAUCUAUUCUACCAUAUUGGCCAUUGUCUUUUGCUUCUGGGCGACAAUCCACCUGCUCGAGUUGCUCUACAAGAGUCAGUGUAUUACACCAACUUCUGUUAUGAUUGUUUUGCAACAUACAACGCAAGAGAAUACACCAGCCGCCCUUGCAGGAAUCAUAAAUUCUUGAGAAUCAUUGAUGAUGACUCUUUAGAAGAAUUGAACGACGAAGUUUUCCCACCCGAAGUCAAUGAUAACCAGGUCGUGAAUAAUUUCGAACCCAUGAGACCCGUAGAACAAGACUGGGAUAUUUCUCCCGAAAAUGAUCAUGAUGAUGAUCUAUCGAGGGACGAAUUUUCCGAAGAUGAAAGAUCUUCAGAUAGAGAUAUUUGCUAUGCUGGGCCACGCGAAGCGAAACACAUGGACACGUUAUCACACGACGAAAUCGAUAAUCUUGAAGAGAGCAUCGGUGAAACUACGGUAUUGAAAUCCAACCAAACGGUUCGAAGAGACAAUUUCAUGGAUACCGACGAAGAAGUCAACGUACAUGACGUUGAUGAAAUUCGACAAGAGGAAAAGCUUAGACAAACUGAAGAUCAAUCUGAAGUAUUGGAUAUUGGGAGAUUCCUGAAUCAACAUGAUCAGAGUGAGAUUAAGGAGGAUGACAGUCUAGUCGAUGUCGACCACAUCCGUGUUUUCAGACGUGCGAUCGAACAAGAAGACGAGCGUGAUGAUUCCCUCGUCUUGCAGGAGGAUAAUGACUCCAGAUUAAUCCUGGUUCAACACAGACUUGAGUAUUAG